UGCGCUCUAAACCUUAAACUCCAAAGUGCAUCGCAGGGCAAACAGGGUAAUGGUGAACAGUUUAAAUCCACCGUAAAAGAUAAGCACUUCUUCGGUGAUUAAGCACGAAAUACCUGAUCCAGCUAGCAUCGACAUUGGUGUUUCAAUGGAAGGCGAGCUGCUUUUCUUUGUGAAUGGGAAAAAGAUUGUGGAAGGGAAUGCAGAGCCAGAGAUGACGCUCCUGACAUACCUCCGGACAAAAUUGGGACUGACUGGGACCAAGCUGGGGUGUGCAGAGGGGGGGUGCGGGGCGUGCACUGUGAUGAUCUCCAGGUUCAACCCACACAAGAACAGAAUCGUCCACCAUGCAGUCAAUGCCUGCUUGGCUCCAGUCUGCUCGCUGCAUCACAGUGCUGUCACCACUGUGGAGGGAAUUGGCAGCGUGGCCACCCAAGUGCACCCGGUCCAGGAGCGGAUUGCCAAGACCCAUGGCUCACAAUGUGGAUUUUGCACACCGGGAAUCGUCAUGUCCAUGUAUGCCCUGUUGAGGAACCGACCUCAGCCUUCCAAGCUAGACAUUGAGGAGGCAUUUCAAGGCAAUUUGUGCCGUUGUACUGGAUAUAGGCCAAUACUGGAGGGGUACAAGACGUUUGCCGUAGAUGGUGGUUGCUGUGGAAGAAAGGGAAAAGAGAAUGAUUGCUGCAUGAACAGAGAAGCCAAAGAUAAUAAUGGAGGUUCUGUCUCACAGCUGUAUGACCCUUCUCAGUUCAAGCCUUUGGACCCCACGCAGGAGAUAAUUUUUCCUCCUGAGCUUUCGCGUUUAGCCAAACAGGAAAAUAAGAAACUGCAAUUUAAAGGCGAACGAGUCGUAUGGAUCCAACCCAGCUGCCUGACAGAGCUACUGGACCUGAAGGCAAAAUACCCUGAAGCAAAGCUGGUUGUGGGCAAUACAGAAGUCGGUAUUGAAAUGAAAUUCAAGAAUAUGCUGUAUCCUGUGAUUCUGGCUCCUACUGUCAUCCCUGAGCUCACCGUUGUCCAACAUACGAGAAAUGGGAUCUUAUUUGGUGCGGCCUGCACCCUCACCCAACUGGAAGAGGUGCUUCGCAGCUCUAUAGACGACCUCCUGCCUUACCAGACAGAAGUUCUUCAUGCCAUACUGGAGCAGCUACGAUGGUUCGCUGGACGGCAAAUCCGAAACGUGGCGGCAAUAGGGGGCAACAUAAUGACAGCCAGUCCCAUCUCUGAUCUCAACCCUGUGUUCAUGGCAGCCGGUUGCAAGCUAACAGUCAUAUCUAAAGGAGGAAAACGAGUCCUACAGAUGGAUGACCAAUUUUUCCCAAGAUACCGAAAAACAGCCUUAAAACCUGAUGAGAUUCUGUUAUCCAUUGAAAUUCCUUACACAAGGAAAGGUCAGUACUUCUCGGCAUUUAAGCAAUCCCUACGCCGUGAGGAUGACAUCGCCAUUGUGACCUGUGGCAUGAAUGUCAUUUUUGAGGAGGAGACAAACACCGUCAGUCACCUCCAGCUCAGCUAUGGAGGAAUGGCGCCCACCACCAUCCUGGCCAAGGAGACCUGCAAAAUGCUAAUUGGGAGGAAGUGGAAUGAGAAUCUCCUUGAAGAAGCCUGCAGCCUCUUGUCCAAGGAGAUGACCCUUGACCCCUCGGCCCCUGGUGGUUCCGUCACCUACAGACGCACACUGACCAUCAGCCUCUUUUUCAAGUUCUUCCUCACUGUCCAGCACAAGCUGGCAGGAGACUUAAAGGAACAGGGGAUUGUUUUGGAAGAUGUCAGACCGGACUACAUAAGUGCCACUGAGCUUUUCCACAAAGAGUUCCCCUCCUGUGCCCAGGUUUACCAGGCAGUGCCCCUAGGGCAGAAUGAAGAGGAUGUGGUAGGUCGACCCAUCAUGCACCUCUCUGCCCUGAAACAAGCCACUGGUGAGGCAGUGUACUGUGACGACAUCCCACACUACAAGAAUGAGCUUUUCCUGGUGCUGGUCACCAGCACCACGGCACACGGCCAGAUCCUGUCCAUUGAUUCAGAAGAGGCCAUGUCUUCACCUGGCGUUGUCACCUUCCUCACUGCUAAGGACAUCCCUGGUAGCAACCAGACAGGACCUGCUGUUUAUGAUGAGACAGUUCUGGCUGAUGGGAUGGUCACAUGUGUAGGACACAUAGUGGGGGCCAUUGUUGCUGACACACAGGCCCAUGCUCAAAGGGCCGCAAAGUCAGUGAAGAUCUCCUACAAAGAGCUGAAGCCCAUCAUCACCAUUCAGGAGGCAAUUGAAUGUAAAUCAUUUUACCAACCAGUGAGAUCAAUUAAGAAAGGGAACCUUGAGGAAGGAUUUAAAGAGGCAGAUCUCAUUCUGGAAGGAGAGAUACAUAUUGGAGGACAGGAGCAUUUUUACCUGGAGACCAACUGCUCUCUGGCUGUUCCCAGAGGAGAGGAUGGGGAAAUGGAGCUGUUUGUCUCAACACAAUCUGCUACCAAGACUCAGCAAUUGGUUGCCAAGGUGCUGGGAGUCCCAGCCAAUCGGAUCGUCUGCAGAGUGAAAAGGAUGGGGGGCGGCUUUGGGGGAAAGGAGUGCAGGAGCACACUGCUGUCAACAGUGGUGGCACUAGCGGCUCAUAAAUUAAAAACCCCUGUCCGCUGCAUGCUGGACCGAGACGAAGACAUGCUUGUGACUGGGGGCCGUCACCCAUUCCUGGGGCGCUAUAAGGUUGGCUUCAUGAAGACCGGUAAAGUAAUCUCCCUGGAAGUGACAUAUUACUGCAACACAGGGAAUUCUAUGGAUCUCUCACUAUCAAUCUUGGAAAGGGCUCUGUUUCACAUGGAGAAUUGCUACAAUAUUCCUCAUAUCCAUGGAACAGGAUACAUGUGCCGGACGAACUUGCCCUCCAACACCGCAUUCCGCGGCUUCGGGGGGCCCCAGGGCAUGAUGGUAGCUGAGAGCUGGAUAUGUGACGUGGCAAUGGCCUGUGGCAUACCUGCUGAGGAAGUUCGGAAAUUGAACCUUUACGAAGAGGGAGAUCUAACGCCUUUUAAUCAGCGUCUGGAGCAAUUUACCAUCGGCCGCUGCUGGGAAGAGUGCCUGGCCCUCGCGAAGUAUCACUAUCGUAGGACACAAAUAGAGCAAUUCAACAGACAACAUCGCUGGAAGAAAAGAGGGAUUUCUGUAAUACCCACCAAGUUUGGAAUUAGCUUCACCGCUAUUUUCCUCAAUCAGGCAGGAGCCCUGGUCCACAUAUACACCGAUGGCUCCGUUCUCCUAACACAUGGUGGCACUGAGAUGGGCCAGGGGCUUCACACCAAAAUGGUCCAGGUGGCUAGCAGGGCCCUGGGCAUCCCAGGAUCGAAGAUCCACAUCACAGAGACCAGCACUAAUACUGUGCCCAACACCAGUCCCACUGCAGCCUCAGUCUCCUCAGAUCUCAAUGGCAUGGCCGUCUAUAAUGCCUGCCAGACCUUGAUCCAGCGUCUAGAACCCUACAGAACCAAGAACCCUCAGGGUACCUGGGAAGAUUGGGUGACAGCAGCAUAUCUAGACAGAGUCAAUUUAUCAGCAAAUGGCUUUUACAAGACACCUGAUUUGGGUUAUGACUUCGAGACCAAUCAAGGAAGGCCGUUUAACUACUUCAGCUAUGGCGCGGCUUGUUCCGAAGUUGAAAUCGAUUGUCUAACUGGAGAUCACAAGAACCUUCACACUACCAUCGUCAUGGAUGUUGGCAAGAGUCUGAACCCAGCCAUUGACAUUGGGCAGGUGGAAGGAGCAUUCAUGCAGGGGGUGGGUCUCUUUACGCUGGAAGAGCUUCGCUACUCCCCGCAGGGCAUCCUUCUCUCUCGUGGGCCGGGCAUGUACAAAAUUCCAGCCUUUGGAGAUAUUCCCACCGAUUUCAAGGUGUCUCUCCUCAGGGAUGCCCCCAACGAGAAGGCCAUCUUCUCUUCGAAGGCUGUAGGGGAACCACCACUCUUUCUGGCAGCCUCGGUUUUUUACGCCAUUAAGGACGCCAUCACCGCCGCUAGGGCAGAGUCAGGACUCAACGGCCCUUUUCGACUGGAUAGUCCUGCCAGUGCAGAAAGGAUACGGGUUGCCUGUGAAGACAGGUUCAUCAAAAUGUGUCCCCCUCCAGAGGCAGGAACCUUCCGUCCAUGGGCUGUGCAGGUGUGAUGACCAGAUAUGAAGAAGUCCAGCUCGGUCUCAGACAACAUGCAAUGUCAGCUUGGCCGGAACUGCUGUUGUAACAGCACUAAAUGCAUUAUGGGAAAAAAAGAAAACAUGCUGCAUCAUAAUAAUCAAAUUAAUAAUUUGCUAACACAAUUACAGAAGAAGUUAAUGUUUAUUUUUAACCUAGAUAUGUUGAAGAACCGAUUGAUAAAUGAUCAUUUGAAUGAUUGAAAUGCUCUAUCCAUCCUCAAAUGACUUAACCUGUCAGGUGGCAGGGGGGGCUAGAGCUGAUCCUAGGAUGCACAGGGCAGGAGACACCCUGAAUGAGACGCCACUCCGUUGCAGGGUUCAAACACAUUUGCACAUAGAGAUGCCAAUCAAUUAACUGUAUAACUGCAAAAAUACCAUAGUACAAGAAUAAAGUGACACUUGAGUCUUC